AUGUUUAAAGAAAAAUAUUUACGACGAUUGAAAAUCACAACAUCAAAAUAUGUUUCUCUUAUGAAAUUACAAAAUGAUCCACGUGUACCAUCUCAAUCGGAUAAUUCUAUUUAUGAUCUUUAUACUAUUCCAAAAGAUGCUGAUGAUGAUUCAGAUGUUUUUAAUUAUACAACAUCAAAUGAUAUUAUUUCUACACUUAUUAAUGGUGAUCAUGAAAUUAUUCGUACACUUGAUUUGCUUAUUCAUAUAACAAAAGUUAAAGUAAUAGAAAAUACGAUGAAGCGUGAUGCACGUUUACCAAAAUUAUUUUAUCUAGCAGUUGGAUUUAAAUCAGAAAAAUUAGUUGGACGUUGUCAAAUCGCUUAUCGUUUUAACAAAAAAUGGAAAAUUUCAAGAUCAACAAUGAAUUGA